AUGCUGUUCGCCGUCUUCUUCGCCUUUUGGCGUUUCCUGCAGAUCGUCACUCUGAUCCCGACCAUGGGCAUGCUCGCCUACUUCGUGCAUGGCUGGGUAGAGCUUAACCAGCUGACGCCCGACUACGUGCUGGUGCUGUUCAUCGUGUCGGUGCUGGCCCUCGCCUGGUCCAUCUACACCCUCUUCAGCUACCACCGCUCCUCCACCAACGCCACCUUCGUCGCCAUCUUCGACCUGCUGUUCGUCGGCGCCUUCAUCGGCGCCGUCUACGCCCUACGCUUCAUCGCCAAUGCCAACUGCAGCAACGUCACGCGCGGCUCGAACACCGACAUCAGCUUCGGUCCCUACGGCUACGCCUCCGUCGCUGACUGGGAUAUCAACGUCGACAAGACGUGCGCCAUGCUCAAGGCCUGCUUCGCCUUUGGGAUCAUGAACGCCGUCUUCUUCUUCAUCACCUCCAUCCUCGCCUGCUUCCACGGCGACCGCAUGAGCGACCGCGACCAAAAGACGUAUUAUCGCGAGACCCAUGUCCACCGCCACGGUCACCGAAGCAGCCGGAGCCCCCACAGCCGCCGGAGCAGGUCGCACUCGCACUCGCAUCGCCGCACCUACGUGUAG